AUGGAGGCAACGGACUUCGAUUCUUCGCUUCCCCCUCCUAAUCGGACCCCAGAGGAACAGCGAAGGCGCUUCUUGUUCACGGACGGCACAGAUGGUUUCCCGCCCCAUCUGAAUCUUGUGGAUGAAGACGAUGGCGGUGGAGAAAGAUCCAGCACCGAGGCCGACAACAAAGUCAAGGCAGACACGCAGAUUCAGGACUGGGUCAAAGAGCUGAAAAGUAAAAAAGGUGCCCAGCUGAACUACCUGACAAUCCAGACAUUCGAUGAACUGGUUGACUGUGUGACCAUGUGUAUCCAUAUCACGUCACCUCAGCAUACCGCUGUCAACUAUCUACAAAACUACUACCUGACCUUUGUGGUCAACAAGCCACCGUGUCUUUUCGAAAAGCCUCCAGAAACUCUGACGAAACUGCUGAAAUAUAACGAGGAAGACCUGGUCAAGGCGUUGCCCAUGAACCAACCUGCCGAAUGGCUUCUCGCUUCCCAUAUCCCAUACCUGCUCAACAAGGAUCCGGACAAUGACGAAACCCUGUUCCACUACGCUCAAUCCACAGCUGCCUUAUAUGCCACGAAAACAGCGGAAGCAGACAAACCAAUUGCAAAAGCUGCAACUGACUUCCUUCAUUAUCUGUAA